CCCGCGGCCGGGCCGGGGCAGCCGGGAAGCGGGUAGGGCGGUGUUACCCAGCAGCUCCUGGGGCAUCGCUCGGGUACUCUCCACGCCGUCGCAGCCACUGCUGUGGUCGCCAGUCAGCCGAGGGACCGCGAUACUGGUCGCCCGCGUUGUGAGCAGAAUUCAACGUGUAUCGCUGCCGCGAAGAUGGAGGGGCCUUUGUCCGUGUUCGGUGACCGCAGCACUGGGGAAGCGAUCCGCUCCCAGAACGUUAUGGCUGCAGCUUCGAUUGCCAAUAUUGUAAAAAGUUCUCUUGGUCCUGUUGGCUUGGAUAAAAUGCUGGUGGAUGAUAUCGGUGAUGUGACCAUUACUAACGAUGGUGCAACCAUCCUCAAGUUACUGGAAGUUGAACAUCCUGCAGCUAAAGUUCUUUGUGAGCUGGCUGAUCUGCAAGACAAAGAAGUUGGAGAUGGAACUACAUCAGUGGUUAUUAUUGCCGCAGAACUCCUAAAAAAUGCAGAUGAAUUAGUCAAACAGAAAAUUCAUCCCACAUCAGUUAUUAGUGGCUAUCGACUUGCUUGCAAGGAAGCAGUGCGUUAUAUCAAUGAAAACCUAAUUGUUAACACAGAUGAACUGGGAAGAGAUUGCCUGAUUAAUGCUGCUAAGACAUCCAUGUCUUCCAAAAUCAUUGGAAUAAAUGGUGAUUUCUUUGCUAACAUGGUAGUAGAUGCUGUACUUGCUAUUAAAUACACAGACACAAGAGGCCAGCCACGCUAUCCAGUCAAUUCUGUUAAUAUUUUGAAAGCCCAUGGGAGAAGUCAAAUGGAGAGUAUGCUCAUCAGUGGCUAUGCACUCAACUGUGUGGUGGGAUCCCAGGGCAUGCCCAAGAGAAUCGUAAAUGCAAAAAUUGCUUGCCUUGACUUUAGCCUGCAAAAAACAAAAAUGAAGCUUGGUGUACAGGUGGUCAUUACAGACCCUGAAAAACUGGACCAAAUUAGACAGAGAGAAUCAGAUAUCACCAAGGAGAGAAUUCAGAAGAUCCUGGCGACUGGUGCCAAUGUUAUUCUAACCACUGGUGGAAUUGAUGAUAUGUGUCUGAAGUAUUUUGUGGAGGCUGGUGCUAUGGCAGUUAGAAGAGUUUUAAAAAGGGACCUUAAACGCAUUGCGAAAGCUUCUGGAGCAACUAUUCUGUCAACCCUGGCCAAUUUGGAAGGUGAAGAAACUUUUGAAGCUGCAAUGUUGGGACAGGCAGAAGAAGUGGUACAGGAGAGAAUUUGUGAUGAUGAGCUGAUCUUAAUCAAAAACACUAAGGCUCGUACAUCUGCAUCGAUUAUCUUACGUGGGGCAAAUGAUUUCAUGUGUGAUGAGAUGGAGCGCUCGUUACAUGAUGCACUUUGUGUAGUGAAGAGAGUUUUGGAGUCAAAAUCCGUGGUUCCCGGUGGAGGUGCUGUAGAAGCAGCCCUUUCCAUAUACCUUGAAAACUAUGCAACCAGCAUGGGGUCUCGGGAACAGCUUGCUAUUGCAGAGUUUGCAAGAUCACUUCUUGUUAUUCCCAAUACACUAGCAGUUAAUGCUGCCCAGGACUCCACAGAUCUGGUUGCAAAAUUAAGAGCUUUUCAUAAUGAGGCUCAGGUUAACCCAGAACGUAAAAAUCUAAAAUGGAUUGGUCUUGAUUUGAGCAAUGGUAAACCUCGAGACAACAAACAAGCAGGGGUGUUUGAACCAACCAUAGUUAAAGUUAAGAGUUUGAAAUUUGCAACAGAAGCUGCAAUUACCAUUCUUCGAAUUGAUGAUCUUAUUAAAUUACAUCCAGAAAGUAAAGAUGAUAAACAUGGAAGUUAUGAAGAUGCUGUUCACUCUGGAGCCCUUAAUGAUUGAUCUGAUGUCUCUUUUAUUUAUAACAAUGUUAAAUGGAAUUGUCUUGUACCUUGACUUAAGUAUUACACAUUAAAGUACAACAAGCUGUAAACUUGGGUUUUUGUGAUACAGGAAAUGGUUUCCAUCUGUGUUUUGGUCCUCUGAUUUCACAUAUAACAACCUAGUACUUUAUUAGUUUAAAAAGAAAUUGAGGUUGUUCAAAGUUUAAGCAAUUCAUCCUCUCUGAACACACAUUGCUAUUCCCAUCCCACCCCCAAUGCACAGGGCCGCAACACCACGAAUUCCGCCCGUUCUCUCCAGUGUGUGUAACAGGGUCACAAGAAUUCGACAGCCAGAUGCUCCAAGAGGGUGGCCCAAGGCUAUAGCCCCUCCUUCAAUGUUGACCUUCUGUGGGUUUAAUCCAAGUUCUUUAACUAUUGCAACAGAGAGGGCUGCAAAGGCUUCAUUGAUUUCAAAUACAUCAACAUCCUCCAGUGACCAACCUGCUUUUGUAACAGCUUGCUUUAUGGCUGGAAUUGGUCCUAUUCCCAUAAUGGAAGGCUCCACACCCACCUGGGACCAGGAAACUAUUUGUGCUAAAGGUGUAAGCCCACGUUUAUCAGCUUCUGACUUCUUCAUAAGAACCACAGCUGCAGCACCAUCAUUUAUUCCUGAAGCAUUGGCUGGGGUGACGGUUCCCGUUCCAUCGGUAAGAAAGUAAGGCUUUAGCUUGGACAUGUCUUCUAUGUUGCUCCCGUGGCGAGGAAACUCAUCUGUUUUAACUUCAAUAAGACCUUUUCUAGAUGACACCAAAACUGGUACAAUCUCUUUGUCAAAAUGGCCAGCUUUCUGUGCAUUCUCUGUCCUAUUCUGAGACAGAACUGCAACCUUGUCCUGAUCUUCUCUACUCACUUGCCAUUUUUUGGCUACAUUUUCAGCUGUAAUACCCAUAUGAUAGUUGUGAAAUGCAUCUGUAAGACCAUCACAGAGUAUACUGUCAGUCAGCGGCAUCUCACCUAUCUUUACUCCUGUUCUCAAGUGAGCCAAGUGAGGAGCCUUGCUCAUAUUUUCCAUGCCUCCGGCAACCACAAUGCUGGAGUCUCCUAUCCCUAUUGACUGGGCUGCAAGGCACACAGCUUUUAGGCCUGACCCACAGAUCAUCUGGCAGCUCCAUGCUGGCACAGAGUAGGGAAUUCCUGCACCCACACUGGCUUGUCUAACAGGAUUCUGCCCACAGCCUGCUGCCAAAACAUGUCCAAAGAUGACCUCAGACACAUCUUCUGGAACCACAGUGGCCCUCUUCAAGACUUCUUUGAUGACAGUUGCGCCCAGGUCCUGGACAGGAACAGUAGCUAAGGCACCAUUGAAGGAACCUAUGAUGGUCCGCGCCGCCGAGACGAUGACCACGGGAUCUGAGCCUGCAUUCAUCCUGCCCACGACCGCUUCUCCUGCCGCCGUCUGCCCUGCGCUGCCUGCAAGUUAGGCAAGGCUCCUCCUCGCAGCCCACAGGCCGCGCCACGGGCGGGACCUGAGGUAGCC